UGGAGGCGACUUGUGUGGUUUGCCAAAAAUUUUCUAUUGAUUUUUACUGAUUUUGCUGAUUUUUUAACUGAUUAUUUGGAUUUUCAUAAAUUGAAGUGACAAGCAUUCUAACCUCGACGAGUCAAGCGCCAAAGUCGUUCCCUCAUCAAGAGAACCUAAAACAGCCCCAUUUUACGAAGUCCUCAACUUCAAAAGUUCGUGCUGAAAAGGAUUGAAAAAGGGACAAAAUGAAAAAACGGAUCAUCUAUAAUGCAGCAAUCGUCAUCUUGAAAUUUUUUUUCACCCCGUUCACUCUUAACAAAAAGUUAUGAAACAAUGCCCACACUUAACCACCUACCAGUUGAGACUAUUUAUGAAAUUGUGGAGAAAUUUCAGGCAGUGGAUAGGCUUGUCCUCCGAAAAGUAUCCCGACGCUUUCGCAUUCAAGUUGAUAGGCAUGGAAUCCGUCCCAGACACCUAUACAUUUGCCUGAAUCGCUUCAAUCUUCUGGAAUUGCACAUUGAUGGAGCAAAAUUCAAAUAUAUCAAUGUAAAUGGAGAUUGCGUUGUGAAAAAGUACGAUAGAGCAUGGAUGCGGCUGCGAAGAAUUGCAGGAGGAGAUUAUGUAGAGAUGGCGUUGAAUGAUAUGAUCGGAUGCUUGCAGCAUUCAUUGAUACUUCUCAAAAUCCAUCUUAACCAUCACUUCAACGUUUUUAUGGACAAAUUAAGAGGCCGUGUGCACACUCAAAAUGUCUCAAUUCGUUUCCAGAAUCCUUGUAAUAUUAUCGCCGUUCUACAGUGCUGUGAGCCUGAGAAUAUCCACUUAGCAAUGGAAAAGCCCACAGAUUUUUUUACUUCGCUCACAACCGAAAUGCAUGACCAAUUCAAAAUAAUCACUUGUACGGCCCAAUGGAAAUAUGCAAAAACAUUUGAGCUUUGGGGUUCUGACGUCGAGGCGGACCAAAUUGAACAUCUUUUUCAUUUCGAAAAGUUUUCAAUUAGAAUGUUGGACUUAUCAAUUCAAAAUGCUGCCAAAAUUAAAGAUAACCUCUUGAAAAGCAGUACAUUCAAAACGUGUGUCAUCAGAUUUUUCGGCUAUAAUACAAUUGGCAUUGCAAAAGUUUUCAAACCCGAUUACUAUACUGGCGACUUUCAAUAUGACAUUCAAUAUUCAAACGAGAAUCAAAAAUUCGAAAUUAAUUGUAGAAAAGCUCCUUUCAAUUGUUUUGACUUGUAUAUCAGAAAAUGUUAAUUUGUUUUCGUUUAUUUAAUUUAUUUUUGAUCACCUAUAAUUUUUUCACAUCUAUAAUUUGUUAAUUUAAAACCUCGUUAUAAAUCUUCCAUUUUACAGA